AUGAGCCAGCCCGAAUUUGACGCACGCCAGCUCGUUGGGGUCAAGGCAGAGCGUGUCACCAACAUUUCUAGUACCGACUACCCUGGUCAUUAUCCCAAUGAGGACCAUGCCUGGAGUCUCAGCAAAUUCACAACAAAUCUAAAAGUGCAAGUCAAACGGCUUUCCAAUCGCUCGAUCGACUUUGACAUCGUCGGCGUUGAUGCCUCCAUUGCGAAUGCAUUUCGAAGGAUAAUGAUUGCAGAGGUUCCAACGGUGGCCAUUGAGCACGUAUACAUCUUCAACAACACCUCCAUCAUACAGGACGAAGUUCUCGCCCAUCGUCUUGGUCUCGUUCCACUCAAUGUCGAUCCGGCUCCCAUAGAACCUCGCCUCUCUGCAGGUGAUGCUACCGACCGCAAUACCAUCGUUUUCAAAGUAAACAUAAAAUGCGAGCGAAAAGCUGAUGCUCCCAAAGAUGCUACAGAACCUGAGGAUCUAUAUAUCAAUCACGAAUUUCUUUCGCGGCAUCUAAUAUGGGAGCCUGCAGGGGAGCAAGGUCUGAUGUUUGCUGACAAUCCACCUGCACCCACGAAUCUUAACAUCGUCCUGGCGAAGCUACGGCCAGGACAGGAAAUCGAGAUGGAUUUACACGCUGUCAAAGGUGUCGGUAAAGACCACGCAAAAUUCAGCCCCGUCGCGACCGCCUCAUACCGGAUAUUACCCCAUAUCAAAAUUCUGAAAUCCAUACCGCCACAACUGGCUGAAAAAUUCCAACGGUGUUUCGCGCCGGGCGUAAUUCGCGUCAACCCUGUUUCAAAAGAAGUCUCCGUUGAUCCCGUCGGCGUACGGAAUGACACAGUCAGCAGGGAGGUCCUUCGGCAUCCUGAAUUCGAGGGUUAUGUAGAAUUGAGCCGAGUACGAAAUUGGUUCUUAUUCAAUGUCGAAUCAGAAGGACCCUACGUUCCUGAAAGAAUUCUACCUGAGGCUAUAAUGGUGAUGAAGAGCAAGAUUGCUCAGAUCCGAGCGGGAGUGGAGGCGCUAAUAUCUGGACCUGGCGAUGGUGAUGUGGUGAUGAAAAAUAUCUAG